UGGUCUGGCAGUUGUGGGCAGGUGAGAAAUGACGUCAAUGCAAACUUCUCCGAAAUAGAUGCGUUCAAUAUGACUUGCCCCAUAUAAUUGGGAUAACUAUUGAACAGUUUUGUUGUUGUUGGUGUGACUUUAAACGACAGUUUAUUCACCCUAUGACAGUCGUCGCCAAUUGGACAGCUAAAUGAUGGGCUCAAGAAGAUAGGCUACAUUGUAUACAAGCUGUCUAUCCUCCAACAACCGACGCACGGAAACCUUGAAACAUUGAAACAAUAAUUUUGGGAGAUGGCGAGUGACGACCGGGUGGCCAUCUUGACAGAUGAUGAGGAGGAUCAGAAGAGGAAGUACGUCAUGGCAGAACCCUUCAGCACCCUGUCCAAAACCUUGGAUCAGAUAGCAGCAGGUGCGGGCCCCACCGCUGCCUCCCAAGGUCCAGCAUCACCCCCCACAGACACACCUGCCAAUCCCAGCAAUGACUGCCUGGAGAAGAACUGCGUGCAGAUCGACAACCACUUACUCAUCUCCAAGGUCUUCUACUUCUUCUUCUAUGCGGCCUAUGGGUCCCUGCACCCGUUGCUGCCCGUCUACUACAAGCAACUGGGCAUGACGCCCAGCCAGAGCGGCCUGCUGGUCGGGAUACGGUACUUCAUCGAAUUCUGCAGCGCCCCCUUUUGGGGGGUUGUGGCGGACCGCUUCAAGAAGGGCAAGGUGGUGCUGCUGUUCUCCGUCUUCUGCUGGUUGGUGUUCAACAGCGGCAUCGGCUUCAUCAAGCCUGCCUCCAUGACCUGCGUGGAGAGGAAACCUACAGUCGUGUCCCCCACCAGCUCCGCCCACCUCGGUCAGUCGGCCAAUCACAGCAGGAACCGCAGGGGUGAGAUUGGAUACUUUUUCCCCCUCCCUUUGGCAUCAGGCUCAGUUAGCGGUCCCUUGCACAGGUAUGUGAGGAGCGAUGGUGGUAAUGUCACGGGACCUGUGCCUUCCUCCACCACCUCCACAACAAUGUCGACCUCUUUCCCCUCCACCACCACCACCACCAAAACAAAAACAACAACAACAAAAACAGCAGCAACAACAACAGCCAGCUCAAAACCUGCCUCAAAUCUAACCACGACCAAACCAACUGCCACUACCAAAGUCUAUGACAUCAUCUCCAACCACGACCAGGUGGAGACCAUCUUUCUCCUGAUCCUGCUGGUCAUCAUCAUCGGUGAGUUCUUCAGUGCUCCGGCCAUGACCAUCGUGGACACGCGCACCCUGCAGUACCUGGGCCCCCACCGGGACCGCUAUGGUCUGCAGAGGAUGUGGGGCUCCCUGGGCUGGGGCCUGUCAAUGCUGUGUGUGGGCAUCUGGAUCGACCACACACACAUCAAGCUCUUCAUCCAGGGCACCGGCUGCAUCGUGCCCGACUACAAGAACUACCAGAUAGCCUUUAUUGUCUUUGGAGUCCUGAUGGCCGUUGCUUUUAUAGUGUCCACACAGUUCUACUUUGAGAGUAGUACUAGUGACCAUCGGCCAAUGGAGGUCCAGGUGGAGGAGGAUAAGAGACAGGAGGUGGAGUCUCCUCAAACGUCCAGUGGAGUUUCAUCUCCCGAAGGGCAUACGGUGGAAUCGUUAGAAUCUCAAAGUUCUGUCAGCCAGCGGUUCCUUUACAGGGAUCUCCUUCGGCUGCUGUGCGGUGUGCAAUACGGCUCGGUGCUCUUUGUGGCCUGGUUCAUGGGAUUCGGCUACGGCUUCGUGUUCACUUUCCUCUACUGGCACCUGGAGGACCUGAAGGGGACCACCACACUUUUUGGAGUCUGCUCGGUGCUUAGCCACAUCUCAGAGCUGGUAGCCUACUUCACCAGCCACAAGCUCAUCGAGCUCAUCGGCCAUAUAAGGGUGCUGUACAUCGGGCUGGCCUGCAACACGGCCCGCUACCUCUACAUCUCCUACCUGGAGAACGCCUGGGUCGUCCUGCCCAUGGAGGUCCUUCAAGGUGUGAGCCAUGCCUUAGUGUGGGCAGCGUGUAUCUCCUACCUGAGUGCUGCUGUGCCUCCAGAGCUGAGGACCUCUGCCCAGGGUAUCCUCCAGGGCCUGCACCUGGGGCUGGGCCGGGGCUGUGGGGCCAUGGUGGGGGGAGUGUUAGUCAACUUCUUUGGAGCAGCCCACACCUUCAGAGGGAUAGGAAUGGCAUCCCUCGUCAUCCUCCUCCUCUUCGCUCUCAUCCAAUGGCUGGCUGUGCAGAGUGGGGAGAAAAACACCAAAAUGCUGGCUGAGAACAUUCCCGUCCCCUCCAGUCCUGUUCCCAUAGCGACCAUCGACGUUAUCCAAUCAGAUAACGCCGCCACAACGCCACCACCAAGGAAGACCAAGCACCAGGAGGAGCAGGAGGACCUGAGCAAGCCCCCCUGGGUGGUGUCUGCCUCGCCCUGGGUCACCCUGGCCUUCGCCCUGCACCAGAUCAGAGAGAUGGCUGUCCUGGCCAGGAGCAGCCCUGCCAACAACCAUCAGCCGCUGCAGGAGAUAAAUGAGAUUAGCACAGAUGAACCAACAGAGGAAACCUCCCAGUCCUCAUCCCAAGACCCCCCAAGCAGGUCCCCACAAACUGGACCCUCUCAGGGGGGAACCCCCCUACCUGACCAGGAUCCCCCUACGCCUGCUGACCAACCACCCCUCCCCACUGCCCACACACAGUAAGGGGGUGGGAAGGGGAGACACAUUGCACAUUUUGAGGAACUGUCCCAAAAUGUUUUCCAAGCAACACCACCAACCCACAUGGAGUCAAGGGCUGGCGGAAGUUAUAAAAAGAGUGGAGAGUAUGUUUUUACAGACUGGACGGAAGAAAAAUACAGCCCAAAAUGAGAGGUUGUAUUUGUCCUCUUAGCAGAGAGGACUUAACCAGUGCCUUUAGGGAUCUGAGGAAAAGCUAUUGCCUUGAAGCAGCUACUGUUGCACUUUCAAAUGGAUGUAAAAAUUGUAAGCAAUUUUUUAAAACUUGUCCUGGAAAUCUGGAUAUUAGGUUAGAUUGAAUAGGGCUCUAUUUGUCUCAAUGACCCUCAAACUGCACAAGUGCCUGAGCCUCGUCAUCAGUUGGCGAAUCACACUCAUGCAGAAGUGACACACUCAAUCUAAAUAGCUGUGUGUGUAAUGGCUGCUUUGUGGGAUGUGGACGGCAGAGAUUUCUCUUACAUAGAGUUUAGGGGCACGUUCAAUAGGAAAACGUUGUGGAAUGAUGCAGAUAGAAAUGUUAUGAUUAGAACUGACAGGAAUCCUUAUUUUUUAAGUCAGAGAGACAUGUUUGUUCUACAUACUAGGCUAUAUCUGAAACAAGUUGCUCUCCUGAACGUGGCCCUGCUUUUACAUGUAAAUGUUUACUGUGUCUAGUCUGACUAUCAACCACUGAUGCCGUGGAAAAAUAUACUUAUUUAAAAAAGGUUUAUGAAGUGAUUGUGUCAGAUCUGAUAUCCACCAGGCUUUCAGGGUCUAUAAUGUCUAUUUAACUAUAACUCCAUUAGUUCUGGAGAUCCCCCUCUGUGAAUGUAUUUUCACAUGCAUAUUUGUCAAAUGAAAAAUGUAGUCCAAUGCCUGGCCAAAAUGUCACAAACAUCAAAUAUUUAACUACAGUCCUAUUUAGACAGAAAUUGCAAAUAUGUCAAACUGCUUUCCUCCAGCACCAUCUAAAACUGUUCAGACAUGUAAUGACCCUUUUACAUGACAUGGAUU